CAAUGAUUAAUGCGCGAGGCCGGGAGCAUCCUCAGGAGUCGUAGGAGAUCUCUGGAUCCAGGAAAAGAGGAGGAGGCCGACUCUGGAACUUGGGAGAGGCCGCCCAGAAAAGAUGGAUGGCUGAGAAGAAAAACAGGGAAGACGGACACUCGCCACCAUGAAGGGGUCCAACUGUUCGAUGGACGGGGGCAAUUUCCCCUUGUCCUCCGAGUUUUUUCAAGUGAUAAAGAAGGACCUGUGGAUAUUCCUCGUUCCCGUACUGGUCGGGUGCGUCCAGUUGGCUUUAUUCCUGGAGGAGAUGGGAUUUUUCCUGCGGAAUAUUCGGAGCACGCGGAGGACCUGUCUCUAUCUGUGGAUUCUAGGAGUAUAUCCGGUAUACUGCAUCUCCUCCAUCAUAGGAAUGUACAUCCCCCGCUCCUCCGCCAUCUGUAACUUUGUGGCUUCCAUAUAUCACUCCAUAACACUAUGGAAGUUCUUGGACCUUAUCACAGAUUUUUUCGGCGGUAAAGCAAAAAUGUUAGAAAUGCUGGGAGGUCAGACUGUCGCCCCCAACCCGCCACCUUGCUGCUGUUGCUGCUGUUUUCCCAACAUUGUUGUGAGCAGGAGUACGCUACGGUGGAUGAAUAUUGCCGUGUACCAGCUGUCAGUCGUGCGGACCCUUCUGUUUUUCAUGGGCCUCAUUCUAUGGACAGAUGAGAAGUAUGACUAUGGGGAUGUGGGCUACACCAACCCCAACUCUUACAUCAACAUCAUCACCAGCCUGUCCACGUUCCUGUCUUUCUAUGGCUACCUACUCUUCUACAAAGCCACCAAGAAAUCCCUGGAGGGCUAUAAACCAAGGUCCAAGUUCAUCUGCAUCACUCUGGUUCUGGUCUUGUGCGGGGUACAGAACGGGAUCCUAGAAACCAUGGCAGCCCUGGGCGCCAUUCCUUGUGUACCUCCCUUCACGGUGGAGACACGUUCGCAGACCAUCUACAAUUAUUCAGUCACUAUGGAGAUGUUUUUCAUCAGUCUCUUUGCCCGCUAUUGUUUCCGGAGAGUGGAGCCAUGUUCAGAAGAUGAGCCAAUGACCCGGGAAGAGAUGCAGAAUAAGUCCUCUCAGACCACCCUGCCAGACAUAUGCAGCCUCUCUGAGGAGGAUGGGAUGGGCAUCAACGCCGGCUACAUGAGCGAGGGAGACGAGACGCUCUGCCACAUUGAGCACGCACCGCUGGACAAGUACGACUUCAUGCAGGACAGCAGCAUGGUUCUGCCCAGACGCAGUAUGGUCAAAUCUCAGUCACGGGACACAAGUAUAGAAUUAGGAAAUAUGACACCGACUCCUAAAGAAACCUACGAAGCAGCAACACCACCAGCAUCAGCCAAGGGUGGACUACAAGUACAAGCACAGAUAAAUUAUAUCGGCAUCAAUGACGCAACAGUUGUCUGAAGGCCAAUCCCGUGGGACUGAGGACCAGACAGAGACUUCUGCCCCAGAGACACGAUAGUUGUGGCUGCAGCUAUAAAUACAUUUGACUAAUACCUUUCCUGUUCGGGAUUAUUAGUUAUUUUUACUCUCCAUAUAAACUAAUGAGGGUUUUUUCAUGUCGGUAAGGUUUUCUUUCUCCUCGUGGAGACUGUUAGCUGGGACAGGGAGUCUCAGACCAUGUUCACACAUCGAAAUUUCCAUGACGGAUUCCGCAUUGGAAUUCCACACGGAGAUUCUGCUGCAGCAGAGUCCUGUUGAAUUCAAUGGGAUUCUGCUGCUCUGUGCACAUGGAGGAAAUCCUUUGCCAGAUGUUUCCGGCACAGAAAUUCCAAUUUCAGUGUCCGCAGAAAGAAUGAACACAUUCGUUAUUUCUAAGGACUUAGCACUUAAUGCAUAGCUGUCUAUGAGACAGAGCUUUUCUGUGCGGUAGCGCAGAUUCUCCGUACAGAUAUUGCGUAGUGUGAACAUAGCCUUACAGGCCAGGCAAUGCUUUCUGAGAAAAAGGGUAUGCAAAUUAUCCAUGCUCAAGAAAAAAGAAAAUUGUCUCUCUAGUGCCACCUAUAGGUAGUUACCCUGCAAGUCAAUGGGAUUAUCAUAUAAACCAGAAUCUCCAGCGAAACGAACACUCGCCUACCUAUA